AUGGCCUUCGACGAGAUCACGGUGGACUGCAAGAGCGCCCCGAGCAGUGCACGCUCCGACGCUGGCGUCGCUGGCGCCGGUAUCCUGUUGGCCUUCAUCAUCACCGCCGCACUGGCUCUGCUGUUGAGCGCCUUCAUCGUCUUCUCGGAAGUACGCCCCAAUAAACAACUGGCCAAUCCGCGCACGCUGUUGCGAAAGAUUCUCAAUGGACUGUCGGAUCAAAUGAUCCUCGAGGGAAUCCUCAUCCAGGCAGUCGGUCUUGCCCGCGUCAACGACAUGAUACCCUACCACUUCUUCAUCAUUUGGAUGUUGAGUCUACUGUCUACCGCAGCCAACUUCGCCUGCCUGCUAGCGUUGGUACAAGAUUACAAGAGAGAUUGGGUUCUACGUUGGCUAAGGCAGUUUGCCAUGUUCGUCAACAUGGCGCUGGGCAUAGUCUUUGGCAUAUUCGUCCUGGAGACCAACAUGAAACAACUUUCACCAACCCUUCCCAUUGCUUGCGUGUGGCAAGAACAUGCAAGUUCGAGCCAUGGCCAAGGGAACAAGACCCUCAGUGUAGUCGGCACCAUCGUCGUCAUAGCCGCGACCGGUAUCAUCUUCCUCCUGGGCACAUGGUACCUACACAUGCGGAAGCAGUGGUUCGGAGCAACCAUACGAAGCGCUGCACUAUUGGCAUUGAUGGCCAUGGCAGUCGGUGCGGCUGUCCGUGUCUUGAUGGUCAGCCAAGCCUUCGGAACUCCGUCUGCGCCACUCGAAGACAACGGUGAGAAGGUGUGGUCAUUUGGGCAGUUAUUGACAAUGUUUCUGCUCUUACUGCCAUUCGUGAGCGCUCUCGAGAUCUUUCGAGGAGAGGUGCAAGUCCCGCGGACGGAUCUCAACGAGGACUGUGAUCAGAUGCCACUCACUUCAUCCAGUGGAGGACGCUACAAUUAUCAGCCCAACCCGCUAUUCAGCUGA